UUUAUUUUUUCAAUUAAGUAUAAAAUUGACAUUUUCUAAAAAACAGAAACAUGAUACCAAUAGCACCAGCACCAGUCAACGUAACACCCAGAGCACAUGAUAUUGAAAGAAGAAAACGAACAAGAGCAAAAAGAAGUUGUGAUAUGUGCCGAAAAAAGAAGACUCGGUGUGACGCUGACAUUCGGCAGCCUUGUUCAAAAUGUCGACAUACAAAAACAGAGUGUAGUUUUCUUGUUGAGCAAAAGAAAAGAGGACCUAGUUCAGGAAGCUAUGUUGAAGAAUUAGAGACAAGACUCAAACGGAUGGAAGUCGUUUUGAAUAGAAUAGCUAAAAAGAAACAAACUACAAGCGACAUUGCUUCUGCGAUUGAAGACUAUCCCUGCUUAAACGAUCAGUCUAUUCAUAUUGAUGAACCAAAAGACAAUAAAGAGCCGGGACCAGGACCAGAAGCAAACAUAACUGAAUUUGAUGAUUGUUUCUUGCUUGAUCAAGAUGUAAAAGACGAUGAGUGCGAUUCAAUAGAUAAGCAAAUGCAAGGAUUAAAGAUAUCAAACUAUCAACGAACACGGUAUAUUGGUUCAAGUGCAGGCGUUCAUUUCUUGAAUGAUGCAUUAUUUCGUCACCAUAAAAGGCAUCCUUUGCCUCGGGAACCUUCAUGGUUUAUUCAAAAGGUCAAUGACGACGAAGACGAGCAUGUAAUUAUGAAGACACAAGAAAUAACAGCAGCUUCUAUUCCACCAGCUGGCAGUAUAAUCAAUCGCAUUGAAAUCUUUGAGGAUAUGCCAUUGAUCACAGAAAGACUUGCUGAUUAUCUGGUCCAUAUGUAUUUUACGCGUAUACAUCAUUAUUGUCCUAUUAUCAACAAGGUUCAGUUCUUAGAAGAAUACUACUUUCACUGCCCUACACCACCAGACAAAUAUUUGUUGUAUUCUGUUGUAUUUGUAGGAGUUUCUGUCUUUAUUUCUGAUCUAUCAGACGCCAAUGUGUUUGACUACACACCAGAACAACUUACAGAGAUUCAAACCUAUUUAAAGACGCAAUCUCAAAAGCUAUACACUAUUGCCCAUAAAAGAUCCAUGAUCAGUACUAUACAAGCAUUAAUGUUGCAGAGUAUGUUUGUAGGCCAUAACGAAAAUGAUGAAGAGGGUACUAGUCAUUGGCUUAUUUCAGGCAUGGCUAUUCGCAUUGCUCAAGAUAUGGGUCUUCACCGUGAUUGUUCAACAUGGCGAAUUCCAAGUUAUGAAAUUGAAUUGAGAAAAAGAAUUUGGUAUGCUUGUUAUUUGAUGGACAAGUGGGUAGCUGCAGAAUUAGGCAGACCUAUCUCUAUUGUGGAUCAAGAAUUUGAUGCUCAACUUCCUUCACCUUAUGAGCUCGAUUAUCCUUCGCAACUAGCGAAAAACAACAAAUGUGAAGCAGUGCCUAUUUUAAUUAUGGAAGCAGAAAUAUCACUGCAGCAGAAACAGCCAGUGUAUACAGCCUUCUUGUACCUGGUUACGUUGUCUCAGAUCUCAGGGCGAGUAUUAGUCGGACUUCAUUCUACACGAGCCAGACAUGACCGAGCUCAUGAUCUAGAGCUCUUGAAGAUUCUAGACCAUGACUUAGCAGACUGGAAAGCAUCUUUGCCGCAUGAACUACAGAUUGAUUUAGACAAUCCCAACUAUUGUUUUAGUGCAUCCGCAGGUGUUGUUAAUAUUGCUUAUAGUGCUAUUUUACUGUUGCUCUAUCGUCCUUUUAUCCGAAAGAAUAGUGGGUCACAAAUGUCUCAAAAGGCAUUACAGGUCUGUACAACGACUGCAACUAGGCUGGCAUCCAUUAUUGAGGCUAUGGAUCGCAACUCCUAUGUCGCAUUGCCGUGGAACCUGCUACUUUACGCGUCUUUUCAAGCUGCUAUUAUCUUUUUGCACAAUGCAAAGGGCAGUAACGAGGAAUUAGCAGAAGAAAGUAGGAAAGCACUGAUUCGUUGUGCGAAGAUCUACCAAACGGAUCAGCACUUGAAAAAAUUAAGAUUUGUCAAGCUUUUUCAAAAACUGAUAGAGAGCUUUGAUGUAUCUAUGAUUGAAUUUGGACAAGCAAGUCCCGAAAUUACAUUAUCUAAUGAAGCUGACGAUGAGUCUCAGCAUCAGGAAGAUUCACUACCUGACAAAUUAUCUAACUUACUCUAUAAUCCAGAAGCUCCACGCUCCAAGAAAAACAACAAUAGCAACAACAACAACAACAACAACAACAACAACGAGGCCUGUUCUUCAGCCAUGGUAGACUUCUUUGAACUACCUAAAACCAAUAAUUCAUUCUACACUUUAAACUCAAAUCAACAAGACACAAACAACCUUUUACAGUCUGUUGACUUGUCAUUACAAGAUUUACCAUGCUAUCAAAUGAACAAUACUCAGUCAUUUACUUCAUCAAACACUUUUGCAUUUCCUAUUCAAGAAUCCAACAAUGGUGGUUUAGUCAACACGCCUAAUCCCUGUAUGCCCAUUUGGGACUUUCCUAAUAGUAUUGCAUGGAAUGAUUGGGACUCUUUUCUAAAGAACAAUGUUUUUCAACAAUAAAAAAGAAGGAAAUAUGCAGAAUUGACUUUUUUGAGAUUAUACCAC